CAUAGAGGUGAAGGUCGUUGAAACGAAACUAAACAAACUUCUAUGGCUUUGACAAGGGCACUGGCGAGAGUGCGUGUUUUACGUACGUCUGUUCGUUUGUUAGCCACAAAACCUGAUGAAGGAAGAUUUGUGGAAUAUGAAGUAACACAUACAGGACAGGUGUGGGACAAAGAUGACUAUAGAAGAAUUAGAUUUGUAGACAAAAAGAAGCUGGUGAACAAGAAUUUUGCCAUUAAUCUGAUAGCGGAGGACCCUGUUGUUGUUUGUCCAGAGAAGACAGUGUGGAGUAAUAGCGGUGGUGCCCUGGGCCACCCCAAAGUCUACAUUAACCUCGAUAAACCACAGGUAUCAACAUGUGGAUAUUCUGGGAGAAAGUUUAUAUACAAGGGCUUUUAUAACGAAGCUGAACAUGGACCCUCUAUAACUUAUGAUCAAUAUCUUGAAGAAAUGAAACCAAAAGAACGGAAUUAACUUCACAAAGGGAAUUCUGCUUUAGAGAUACACUACAGUUUGUCAGUUAUUGUUUAUAAUGUACAAAAAUUAAAACUUUUGAUUUUCCAAUAAAAUAAUAUGAAAUUAUAAA